GGUAAAUCUCGCGCAUUUCACAGGUCUCAUAUAAAGCUUUGUGGUUUGGAUGAAGCUCUUGUACAGUUGAUGGGGCGUGUGCGCACCAGGCGGCGGCGCGGGUGAGACUGAGGGUGCGCGGGCGCGGGUGCGGGUGGUCCGGGUUGCGCGGGUGGUGGAUGAGCACCUGGGGGCAGCAGGACGAUGCUGGAGGAGGAUGCGGCAGGGCAGGGAGGAUGAGAUGUGCGGGAAGGCUCUCCAGCUGCUCGCUGAGCUCUGUUCCCGCGGAGAGCUGCACAGCGACCAGUGCUCCCACUUCAUCUACUCCUUCCGAGAUCUGGGCCGACCCGACUAUUCAGAUACAGAUGUGUCGGUGAGUCUGCUGUCAUUGAUGGUGACAUCAUGUGGCCUGGCUCUGUUUGGGGUCUCGCUCUUUGUAUCCUGGAAGUUGGUCUGGGUGCCGCUGCGCGACCGUUUCUUUCCCUUCAGCCUAAAGGAGCAGGAGGGCGAGCAGCAGCCGGUGCUGACCGACGAGGAGCUCCUGACACGCGAGUAUAGUACAGAUUUUGUAAAAGACCCUUCAGCACCCAUGCUGGUACCUGAGUCAGCGAUGAAGAUCAGCCACACGUCACCAGACAUCAAUCUAGAGGCACAGACCAAAGCCAAGGAACACAAUCAUGUCCACAUUGCCCGUGUGCAAAGGCAGAUCACCGACCCCACCCCAUCCGUCCGGCACGACUCCAUCCGGAGACAGAUGAACCUCUCCAGCCCUGAGUUCAGUCCAGGACAGUUCCAGAGGCAGGAGUCCCUCUCGGGUCCGGGUCUGGGUCGAAUCAAGCCGGAGCUGUACAAGCAGCGCUCUGUGGACACGGACGACGGGCGGAGAGCGGACAGCUGCGGCCGUCUGCAUUUCAUCGUCAAGUACGAUUGCGACUUGGAGCAGCUCAUUGUGAAGAUCCACAGGGCGGAGGAUCUGCCCGCUAAGGACUUCUCGGGGACGUCGGACCCGUAUGUGAAGAUCUAUUUGUUGCCCGACCGCAAGACCAAGCAUCAGACCAAAGUGCACCGCAAGACCCUGAACCCUGUGUUUGACGAGGUCUUUCUGUUCCCCGUGGCGUACGCCGAGCUCAAUGUGCGCAAGCUGCACUUCAGUGUCUAUGAUUUUGAUCGCUUCUCGCGGCAUGACCUUAUCGGCCAGGUGGUGGUGGACAACUUUCUGGAUCUACCAGACUUUCCUGGGGAGACCAGACUCUGCAGAGAUGUUCUUUACGUCACUGCGGAUAAUGUGGAUUUGGGUGAGCUGAUGUUUUCUCUCUGCUAUCUCCCAACUGCCGGCCGACUGACCAUCACCAUUAUCAAAGCCCGGAACCUGAAAGCCAUGGACAUCACCGGAGCCUCUGAUCCGUAUGUGAAGGUCUCCCUCAUGUGUGAUGGCCGGCGACUUAAAAAGAGAAAAACGUCCACCAAGAGGAACACUCUCAAUCCCAACUACAACGAAGCCAUAGUGUUUGACGUUCCCCCAGAGAACAUCGACCAAAUCAGCCUGUUAAUAGCGGUGAUGGACUACGAUCGCGUUGGCCAUAAUGAGAUUAUCGGUGUGUGUCGGGUGGGAAACACGGCCGAGAGCCUGGGCCGAGAUCACUGGAAUGAGAUGCUGACAUACCCUCGCAAGCCCAUCGCCCACUGGCACCCGCUCAUGGAGGUAAUGAUGAAAAACAGUUUAAAAUUUUUUUUGCAGUGGAGCAGUCAGGUGAAUCCAGGAGGAAGCCAAGGAUCCUGCAACUCCCUCAAAACUCCACCGUCACCCUGAUGGACAUGUCUGAUCUCCUGUCCCGAAGAACAAACAUGUCUCAGAUCCCGGUGCAGGGCAAAUUAGACAGGGUGACGUCUCAGAGAAAGGUCACUUAAACCAUGUGCACACACACACACACGCUGAACUUUUUAAUAGGGAAGGAAAGUGUGACUGUCUGUUCUGCUGCAUGUCACAGUGACAGCGUUUGUAGGUUUCUGUUUAAAAAAUGAAACUAAUUCCUAACAUGGUACAGCUUUGAGAGGUGAGUAUUUUUGAAAGUUUCUGUAUCGUAUCAAUCCUUGUAAUAAUUGUUUGAUGUUUUUGAGUGCAGUGCAUGGGCUCUAUUUUGUGUAAUUUUGU